GUAUGACACCUGGAUCAGUCAGUUUCAACUUGACCUUGGGUAUCUUUGACGAGGCAAAGGUGGAAAGGAAAGAGGUGGAGGUGGCAGUCACUUACGAUCAUGAAGCUCUUUUUUGGGAUACUUCGAGGGUGCCUAAACCCGCGCGACUGUUCACCUGCAUCAGCGUAGAGAGUAUCCCUCAUGGAGGCAACACGUCUGACCUGGUCUGGCUCCUGGAUGCCAAGCAGACGUGGCUCGGCGAGAAGAAAGGCGAAAAAGAAGCGCUCUAUGCGGUCAAUAAGGUUCUUGCUUAUGGCGAUCCUGAAGAACUCUGUAGCGUUUACGGCGACAAGGCUACGUGCGAAGAGGAACUAGGCGAUACCAAACCUGGAAAGACGAAAUCAAUCGAUUGUGGCUUCUGGGACGGUCUCCUUGCUUUCGUGGGUAUCAAAAAGAACGUCAAGGCAGAGCGUCCAGAAGGUCUGCCCUCCCGGUCUUAUCCUGCAAGAGCGAUAGCUUUCGUAGGUCCAACUAUGCAGGAGGUUCAGGCGUACAACAUGAGAGGAUAGUGCUCCUGUGGUGUACGUUUCCGUUUGUAGUGGCAUGCAUCCUAUGUCCAUUUGGCUGC